UAUUUUGUUCUGUUGAGAGAAAAAUGAAGUGUCAAUACUUGUUUUUACUCAUCAUUGGACUCUUUCUCAGCAUACUUCCCUCCUUUGCUUCUUAUGAGGAACCUAUUUAUGAUCACUCUGCAUAUACUGAGUGUAAAUCAGUGCCAGAAGAGGCGCUUUAUAAUGGUGGGAUAAUGAAGGAUUAUUGGACAAACGAAAAUCAAGUCAUUCGAUCUGAAACUAAUUCGUAUAACUUUGUCCUCAACAAUCUCUCUGGUGAUACCAUCUAUAGCUUCUCCAGUUGGGUUAGGAUAUUAGAUGCAGAUUCAGCAGUGAUAAAGGCAAGCUUGAAAACAGCUAAUGGAACAGUUAAGUGUGUAGGAAAUGUGAUUGCUAGGCCUGGUUGCUGGUCAUUUUUGAAGGGUGGAUUUGUUCUUGAUUUUCCUUCUUCAUAUGCUCUACUUUAUCUCCAGAGAUCAGAUGAAGAAAAGUUAAACAUCUCGAUUUCUAGUGUUUCGUUGCAGCCAUUUACUUAUCAACAAUGGAAGAAAAACCAACAAGACACGAUCGACAAAGGAAGAAAAUGCACCGCGAUUAUACACAUUUCAGACGUGCAAGGAGAAAGAGUGCCUGGAGCUUCAAUCAUAGUAGAGCAAGUAUCUAGAGAUUUUCCAUUUGGUUCUGCCAUCACAAAGACAAUUCUUGGAAAUCCAGCAUAUCAGACAUGGUUUAAAGAGAGGUUCAAUGCCGCGGUUUUUGAAGAUGAAUUGAAGUGGUAUUCAACAGAACCUCAACAAGGAGAAGUGAACUAUACAAUACCUGAUCAAAUGCUGGAAUUUGUCCGAAAGAACCAAAUCAUUACCAGAGGCCACAACAUUUUUUGGGAGGAUCCGAGAUACAUUCCUUCAUGGGUUCGAAACCUGACUGGUCCAGACCUUAAAUCAGCUGUAAACUCCAGGAUACAGAGUUUGAUGAACAAAUACAAGAAUGAAUUCAUUCAUUGGGAUGUCGAUAACGAGAUGCUUCAUUAUGAUUUCUAUGAACAAAGACUUGGCACCAACACAAGUCUUGAGUUUUUUCAAACAGCACAACUGUUAGACCCCUUGGCCAAAUUGUUUGUGAAUGACUAUAAUGUUGUAGAAACUUGCUAUGACAUGAAUUCAACAGUUGAUGCAUACAUUUCCAAGUUGAGAGAUUUAAAACAAGGUGGAAUAAUCAUGGAUGGAAUUGGCCUAGAAGGACAUUUUACAGUACCAAAUCCUCCACUUAUUAGAGCAGUGUUAGACAAAUUGGCUACACUUAAACUUCCUAUAUGGCUUACAGAAGUUGAUAUCAGCAAGAAUCUUGAUAAAGAAACUCAGGCUAAAUAUCUAGAGAUGGUUUUGAGAGAGGGAUUUUCACAUCCAGGUGUAAAUGGAAUCAUGCUUUGGACAGGAUUACAUUCUAAUGGAUGUUAUCAAAUGUGUUUAACAGAUAACAAUUUUCAUAACCUUCCUGCUGGGGACAUAAUUGAUAAUUUGCUGAAAGAAUGGCAAACUGGUGUGGUGCAUGGUGAAACUGAUGAACAUGGUUCAUUUAGCUUUUCUGGUUUUUUAGGUGAGUAUAAAAUCAAUGUCAAAUUUGGAAACAGAACAGUUAAUUCAACAUUCUCAUUAUACAGAGGAGAUGACACCAGGCACAUAAAUAUUCAGUUGUAA